GUCAGUGGGCAGCGGUCUUGUUUCCGCCAUUUUGAUUUCUAGAGGGUGGCCGAGAAAGGUGACGGGCGGCUGAAUCGAGUGGAGACUACGGUCCGUUUCCUAUCCUCCACCAGUAUUAGCCGAGAUUUUUUUAAAAAAAAAACACAACACACACCAAGAACAACAACAACGAAACUUGGACCAUGUCGGCCAACAGGAACCUGAAGCAAGUGAGGAUCGAGAACAGCUCCCCAGCGGCCGCUCCCCCGAUGAGCAUGGUGGGCGGCGGCAGCAUGAAAGGGCUGCGGGGUCUGGAGCCGCCGCCGGAGAACGAGGCAGCGGCCGUGGCCCUGGCGAUGGGGAAGGAGGAAGAGGAGCCGAGCAGCGGCGGCUUCACGGUCGACAUCAAGAGCUUCCUCAAGCCCGGGGAGAAAAGCUACACGCAGCGCUGCCGGCUCUUUGUGGGGAACCUGCCCACCGACAUCACCGAGGAGGACUUCAAGCGCCUUUUUGAACGCUACGGGGAGCCCAGCGAGGUCUUCAUCAACCGGGACCGCGGCUUCGGCUUUAUCCGCCUGGAAUCUAGGACUCUGGCUGAAAUUGCAAAGGCGGAACUUGAUGGAACUAUUUUGAAGAGCAGACCACUUCGAAUUCGAUUUGCUACCCAUGGAGCUGCUUUAACAGUAAAGAAUCUAUCACCUGUUGUUUCCAAUGAGCUUCUGGAACAAGCAUUCUCUCAGUUUGGCCCUGUGGAAAGAGCUGUUGUUGUUGUAGAUGAUCGCGGCAGAGCAACAGGGAAAGGCUUUGUAGAAUUUGCUGCAAAACCUCCAGCGCGUAAAGCUCUAGAAAGAUGCAGUGACGGAGCAUUUUUGCUGACAACAACUCCCCGGCCUGUGGUUGUAGAACCUAUGGAACAAUUUGAUGAUGAAGAUGGGCUGCCUGAGAAAUUAAUGCAAAAGACACAGCAGUAUCAUAAGGAUAGAGAACAGCCGCCGCGUUUUGCCCAGCCAGGAACAUUUGAGUUUGAAUAUGCUUCACGAUGGAAGGCUCUUGAUGAAAUGGAAAAGCAACAGCGGGAACAAGUUGAUAGAAACAUUAGAGAAGCGAAGGAAAAACUGGAGGCGGAAAUGGAAGCAGCUCGACAUGAGCAUCAGUUAAUGCUAAUGAGACAAGAUCUUAUGAGGCGUCAGGAAGAAUUGAGACGUUUGGAAGAACUUAGAAAUCAGGAGCUACAGAAACGAAAGCAAAUACAAAUGAGACAUGAAGAAGAACAUAGGCGACGUGAAGAAGAGAUGUUGCGCCAGAGAGAGCAGGAGGAACUGAGAAGACAGCAGGAAGGAGGAUUUAAGCCAAAUUUCAUAGACAAUAGAGAACAGGAAAUGAGAAUGGGUGAUAUGGGUCCUCGUGGAGCAUUAAACAUGGGAGAUGCCUUUAGCCCAGCACCUGCUGGAAACCAAGGUCCUCCUCCACCACCACCACCAAUGAUGGGUAUGAAUAUGAACAACAGAGGAACAAUGCCUGGCCCUGCAAUGGGUCCUGGUCCUUCCUUGGGGCCAGAAGGAGCUGCAAACAUUGGGACACCAAUGAUGCCAGAUAAUGGAGCUGUGCAUACUGAGAGAUUCCCUCAAGGAGGCCCACCGCAAAUGGGUUCACCUAUGGUUAAUAGGACAGGCUCUGAAACUCCUCAGCCAUCUAUGGGUGGCGUAGGUGCCGUCAGUAGUGGACCUGGUGGAUUUGGUAGAGGAAACCCAGGGGGAAGCUUUGAAGGACCUAACAAGCGUCGCAGAUACUGAAUUUUUCAUUCCUUACUAUUGAGAGAGAUCAAUGGCUAAUCUGGUGUUAUGCCUUUAUAAUUUUAGCUAUUACCUUGAAAACGGUUUUAUUGUUAAUGUAGUCAUUAAAACAUUUUUUUUUGUAAACCUUGAACUUUUUUGUAUUCAGUCAUAGGCUUUAGUGUAGAGCAUAAAUAAUGCACCACAUUUUGUACAUCAGAUGUUUGUGAAUUCAGCAAUAUAUAAUAUGACCAUGCUGUGAAACUUGUGAGUUACUUGCUUACAAUAAAAUAUAAAACCAAUAAGUUUAAAUGGUUUUGCAACAUUGUUAUGAAUACUGUCCUUAAUUUUAAUUGUAAGCAUACUUUAUUUUUUCUUUAUGAUUCCUACCUUCUUAAGAGAAAAUGCUUUAUCCAUUGUUACUGUAUGCAGACGAAAAUGCAGCUUGAAGUACAGACUAGGACAAAUGUUGAGGUUAGCACAAUUGCAGGGCAUCUGAAACAUUAAAUAAUCCAAUAUAGCUCUGUAAGAAAUAUGUUACUUCUCAGCAAUGUGUACAAAUUUAGUUGCAAUGGGAUUGUCUUGAGAAUGUAUCCAGUGUUCAGCUUUCCAAAUAAAAAAUUUGAGUCAUGAAAAAUCUCACUAGUAAAUAUUCACCUGUGGUUUUAUAACCUUAGAUAAUGAAUGGCAAUCACUUCUUGUAAGGGAAAAGAAAUUAUGAAACUUACCUGGUAUAUGUAGUUUUUAAAGUAUUCUGAACUUCAUAUUUAAGGGCUUAUAAUUGACUGUAGAGGUCUUGUAUUGCCUUUCCAUGAAGUGGCCAUAUUUCCCAAGUCUCUUCCUUAAAGGUUAAUUUCUGAAUGUUAUUAAUAGUAUUGGAGACAUUUGCAUCCCACAAAAUAAUGUUUUGUAUAUAGGAAACUGGUUCACUACAUGUACAAAUAGUGAUUACAGCUGUGCUAAUGCUGGUCUCCUGGAUCAGGCACAGUGAGUUUACACUAGUGCGCUUCAUUCAUUUCAGUUCUUGUUUUCCAUUGGGAAAUCGUGCUCUUGAUGCAGAUGUUCACCAGCUUUUUAAAGUUGCAAAAUAAAAUGGAUUCACUGUGUAAGGGCUUUAAAACAUGAAUUGCGAACUCAAGGUAUAAAAUGUGGCGGAAGGAGAAGCUACUGGCACAUACCAAUAUUGUGAUCCAUACUUUGAAAGGUUCUUCAAAUGUGAAUGAUUGUAUAUUAAAACCUAGCUGCUUAAUAGUGCAAAUCUUAGCAUACUGAUGGUGUGUAAAAAGACAACUGCUGCUGAAUAAUUAUGGUGUGUUGGUAGAGGGGAGAAGGUUUUGCAUUAUCUGACAAAACACAUCAACACUUUGUGCUAAAUUGACAGUGUUCUCUUAAACAACUGGAAGAAAGUAGUUCAUAUACUUAAGGUAAGAUACUUUUUACUGUACACUAUCUUCAUCAUUGUAAAAUUAAAGCAGUAUCUCUAUAUUCGUUUUGGGUUAGUAUUUUUGUACUUGAUGAAUGCUGUACAAGUUAAAAUGGGAUAAAAUCUGAUCCAGAUGUUUAAUUCCAGGAAUUUCCCUGCAUCACUAUUCGUUUGUUGGAAAAACAUAUUACUGAUAACUUUUCCCAGGUUAAAUACUUUUUAAAAACAUAUUUGCAUAGAGCGUUAUCUCAAACAACUUUCCCUGUGUUUAUGUUAUUCUCCUAAAAGUGGCAUUGGGAAGCGCUCAUGUGUGUGCUCGCUCGCUCUCACUCACUCACUCUCUCUUUUUCUUGUCAAAGCCAAGAGGCAGUGAUCACUUUAAUAAUGGCAUUAAGUUCAUAAUGCAUACAAGUGGCAUCACAUGUUCAGCACAACCCUUUUGUUUCAAAAAGCAUUCAUACACAUUGCAUGGUUGAAGCAAGAUGUUUUUAAAUCUAGAAAUGUGCUAGUCAUUUAAAUUCAGAAAACUGCUUCAAAUUGCCCUAAUUUAAUGUUCAGCUUUCCAAACAUGGAAGGUAGGAAAUAUGUAAAAUUGUUACAAAGAAGAACCAGAAAUACUUCUAAUUUUUCUAGAAAUCAAGUGUAUGCAUCAUGAUUUCUUAGUGAUGCUCCCCAGUACUUUCUCAAGUGUAGUUUCUAGUAUCCUUUCAUUGCCCUUUCUAUUUAAUUCCUCUUAAAAGAUUGUUACAUUCUUAUGGGGAAUGAUGUAGCAUUUCAAAGCUUGUGUUAAUAUUAAGAAGAAAAAUAGAGAUAUUUGAGGGAGAUAAUUUAGGGAAGGUUACUCUUCUGCAUAAUAGUAUAACUAGCUGUAAGAGAUGAAUUCAUAGAAUUCUGUGGAAAUUCUAGUGAUAAGCUAAUGAACAAAUGGUUCACAAGCAAUGGAUGCAAUUUUUACAAAGUCAAGAGGAUAAAAUGUGCCUUUAUGCUACUAUUCCCAUAUAGUAGAGCCAUGUUGGGCCCAAUAGGCUUAUUAGGUGGAUGUGGUUGAGAUGAUGCUUCUAAGGGCUGAAUUACAGCCAUUCUUAAGGUAAUUCUGAUGUUCUGUUGUCUUUGGUAGACAAAAAAAAGACAAAAGUGUGUGGGUGGGUGUGUACACAAAUGUACUGCAAAUGCAUGACCAUGUUGCACCACUAUUUUGUAAUGUCUUACAAAAUUAAAGCAAAUUUUCUGUUUAUUGAAUCAUAAUAAAACAUUUUUUUGGUAUCUGAA